AAAAAGAGGGCAAUGGGUAGCUCCAAUGAUCAUCAUCUCCAAAGCCAUCAACUUUCUGACUCAAACCAGAAUGGAAUUGCAGUAGUAAUGGUGCCAUUUCCAGCUCAAGGCCAUCUCAAUCAGCUUCUGCAGCUUUCCUGCCUAAUAUCAUCAUCCUAUAGAUUACCAGUUCACUAUGUUGGCUCUGCCAUCCACAACCGGCAGGCCAGGCUCCGUGCCAACGCCCUAAGCCCUUCACAAAUAGCCAAAAUCCAUUUCCAUGAUCUCCCAACUCCGGAGUUUGAUUCACCUCCCCCGGACCCCAACGCCUCGGUUAAGUUCCCGGUUCAGCUGCAGCCGUCCUGGUUCGCUUCUGUUCAUCUGCGCCACCCUGUUGCUGCGUUGUUACAGCAGAUGUCCUCGAAAGCAAGACGAGUUGUGAUUGUUCAUGACCCUUCAAUGUCAAUGGCUGUUCAAGAUGCUGCCUCGAUUGCCAAUGCGGAAUGCUAUGCCUUCAACUGCAUAUCGGUUUUCACUCUGCUCACCAUGGUGUGUGAAGGGCUGGGAAAACCAUUCCCAUUUCAAGAAUCAGCAGAAGGGCUGCCCUCCCUCGAGGGGGUCAGUACGGAUGAAGGCUGGAGAUUUGCAGCUGCCCAGAAUGAAUAUAUGAGGAUUAGAGAGGGAGAUUUACAUAAUACAUCCAGAGCAAUUGAAGGUCCUUUCUUGGAUCUCCUUUCAAGUCAAGAACCAAGCUUGAAUAAACAGCAGUGGGCAAUUGGUCCAAUACUGCCACUAAAAUCAGGUCAUCAUGGUUUAACCAGGAAACAUGAGUGCUUAGAGUGGCUCAACAAACAAGCUCCGAAAUCUGUACUGUACGUGUCGUUUGGAACAACAGUUUCGCUGUCAGAUAAACAGGUCAGGGAGCUUGCAGAGGGACUAGAACAAAGCCGACAGAAGUUCUUGUGGGUACUAAGAGAAGCUGAUAAGGGAGAUAUCUUCGACGGGGAGGACAGAAUAGUUGAGCUACCAGAAGGGUUGGAAGGGAGAGUGGAAGGCAUCGGACUAGUGAUCAGAGACUGGGCGCCUCAGCCCGAAAUCUUGGCUCAUUCAUCCGUUGGUGCCUUCAUGAGCCACUGCGGUUGGAAUUCUUGCAUAGAAAGCAUUAGCAUGGGAGUGCCAAUUGCUUGCUGGCCUAUGCAUUCAGACCAACCAAGAAACAGUUUCCUAGUGACAGAAAUGCUCAAAACAGGCUUGCUUAUAAGGAAAUGGGAGAAACGCGACGAACUGGUAAGUUCAUCAACCAUUAAAGACAUUGUGAGAAGAUUGAUGGCUUCGGAGGAAGGGGAUAAGAUCAGAAAGAGAGCAGGGGAAGUAGGAGAUGCUGUUAGGCAUUCAACAGAGGAAGGAGGUGUUUCUAGGAUGGAGCUUGAAUCUUUCAUUUCACAUAUAAUGAGAUAAACUUGGUUGUUUUAUUCCAAAA